CAGCAGCUCAUUUAAGCCCAGCGCCUGCUGCACCAGCCACAGCGCCUGCUGCAUCAUCUCAGUGAGAAAUGGCCACAAAAAGACCCAAAAGGAUUUUAGCUGAUGUCCUGGAGAACCUGGACGAGAAGAAUUUUAGGAAGUUCUGCUCAGCACUUAUAGACUGGGAUAAAAAGGUCAAGAAGGGUCAGGUUGAGAAUAAAGACUUCCUGGACGUUGCAGAUGUGAUGGUCAAUGUUUAUGACAAAGACGCCCUGAAGGUGGCCGAGGAGCUGCUGAGAGAUAUCAACUGUGCAGGAAACGCCAACAACCUGGCUGAAGACGCCAAGAAAGCAGGUUUAGGCUCUUCUGUUCCCUCCGCUGUUGCAGGUCCGGCCCCAACUACCAGUGAUGGGAAGCAUUUUGUGGACAAACACAGGUCUGAGCUGAUCAAGAGAGUUGGCAACAUUGGACCCAUUUUGGACGAGCUGCUGGACGAAGACGUUCUCGAAAAUGAAGCUUAUAAUAAAAUCAGCGCUCUGCCUACCAACCAGGAGAAAGUUAGAGAGCUGUGUACCAAAUGCCUGAAUGCCAAAAGAGCCAAAGAUAUCUUCUACAACAUCUUGAAGAAGAAAGAAAAGUUUCUCAUCGAAGAACUAGAGGGAAACUAAACGCUGACAAAACGUCUACUUUUAAUCUGAGCACUGUUAGAUGAAGUCAAUUGUUGAAAUUCACUAAACAUAUUUUUAAAUCUGACUGACUCAAUUUGUUAAAAACCCAGUAGAUUUAUAAAAGGAAACUGCAGCUACAGUCAGGAUGUCAGUCGUCAGCCGGAUUUUAAAAAAACAAACAGAUCAUGUCUCCAUCACUGCAUGUUCUAUAUUCUGUAUUUAUCCAAAUAUUUUCUUCAGUGGUUUGUUAUUGGCAUUAAAACUUCUUUGUGAAAUCACA